UUUUUGACAUUGACUCCACGGUGAAAGGUCAAUGAAUUCAAAAAUAAUAUCUACGUUUACAAUUGAAAUACACUUUAUGUAUUACCGCACUGCAUAACACAUAAUUUCUGUGCUGUGUGCAUAUCGUCACUGUAUUUCGUUUAUACCGGACGUAUCCCAAAGUAUAAGAAUGGCUUCGCGUUUUCAAGUUGUGGAAUUGGGUCCUCCAAUCGAAGUGUUCCAACUAAAUAAAUUAUGUGUAGAGGAUUCGUAUCAGAAUAAAGUUAAUUUGGGUGUUGGCGCUUAUAGAGAUGAACAUGGGAAACCAUGGGUGUUACCAGUUGUUCGCAACAUGGAGAAGCAAAUGGCAGAAGAUGCAACUCUUCUACACGAAUAUUUGCCAGUACUUGGUAUGGAGCAGUUCAGCGCAGCGUCUGUAUCCAUGCUACUCGGAGAAGACAAUCCAGUCAUUGCUGCCGGUCGUGCAUUCGGUGUUCAAACUCUGUCGGGAACGGGAAGUUUACGCGUCGGAGCCGAAUUCUUGAACAAACAUUUGAAAGCUACCACCUUUUAUUACUCCACACCUACAUGGGAGAAUCACCAUCUGGUGUUCGUCAACUCCGGCUUCACUAAUCCCCGGUCGUACCGUUACUGGAACGAGAAGACCCGGGCGAUAGACUUCGACGGUCUCAUCGAGGAUCUGAAGAACGCUCCCGAGAACUCGGUUAUACUGCUGCACGCGUGCGCACAUAACCCGACCGGCAUCGAUCCUACGCAAGAGCAAUGGGAGAAGAUCGCUGACGUCAUGGAGGAGCGCAAGUUGUUCCCGUUCUUCGAUAGCGCAUACCAAGGGUUCGCGUCCGGUGACCUGGACAAGGACGCGUGGGCGGUGCGGUACUUUGUCAAGAGAGGCUUCGAAUUACUCUGCGCGCAGUCCUACGCCAAGAACUUUGGACUUUACAACGAGCGCGUGGGUAAUCUAACAUUCGUGAUAUCGGACGCGGCGUGCGCGGCCGCGAUGCGCUCGCAGCUCACGUGGGUAGUGCGCGGGAUGUACUCCAACCCGCCCGCGCACGGCGCGAGGGUAGUAGCAAACGUGCUCGCCAACAAACAGCUGUUCGACCAGUGGAGAGACCACAUCAAGAUGAUGUCCAGUAGAGUAAUACAAAUGAGGGAGGCUUUGAGGGCGGAACUCAUAAAAUUGGGCACCCCUGGCAACUGGGACCACAUAGUGAAACAGAUCGGUCUGUUCUCGUACACGGGUCUGACUCCCCGUCAAGUGGAACAUCUGAUCCAGGAGCACCACAUAUACCUGUUAAAGUCCGGUCGCAUCAACAUAUGCGGCCUCAACCCCUCCAACGUGCAAUACGUCGCCGCCGCCAUACACGAUGCCGUCACCAAGUUCCCGGCCGAACAGUAAUUCUAUACACAUUAUAUUUUGCAUUCGCAAUGCUAUACU